CCGCUCUGCCUGGGACUUCUCUUAAGGAAGCAUCAUCCUCUGGAGGUGGUGGAUAAUCACCGCGUCCUCAGAAUCGCCCGCGUGCUGGCAUUCAGGCCCCGGAUUGUAGGACAGCCGCUGCCGUUGGGCUCUGUCUAUGACCCCUCUGAGAGGCUUGCUGGCGAGCCCACGGCCUCUCUUGGGUCCAGCUGCCCGGAUCACGCCCCCUCUCCGCUGGCCAGCUUCCCCACUCAGUGUGCUUAGCGUCCCUGCGGAUGCCGCGCUGAACAAUGUCAAGACCCCAGGGACUGGUAUGGCUUCCGCUGGUCUUCACUCCUGUCUGUGUCAUGCUCCACGCCAAGGUCCUGCUGUGGGUCACCGCCCUGGCCAUCAAGUUCACGCUCAUAGACAGCCAGGCCCAGUACCCCGUGGUCAACACCAACUAUGGCAAAAUCCGGGGCUUGAGAACACCCUUGCCCAAUGAGAUUUUGGGGCCCGUCGAGCAGUACCUGGGUGUCCCUUAUGCCUCGCCUCCGACCGGAGAGAGGCGCUUCCAGCCCCCGGAGCCCCCGUCCUCAUGGACGGGGAUUCGGAACGCCACCCAGUUUGCGGCCGUGUGCCCGCAGCACCUGGAUGAACGGUCUCUCCUGCACGACAUGCUGCCCAUCUGGUUUACCGCCAACUUGGACACGCUAAUGACCUACGUCCAAGAUCAGAACGAAGAUUGCCUUUACUUAAACAUCUACGUGCCCACGGAGGACGGAGCCAACACAAAGAAAAAUGCUGAUGAUAUAAGCAGUAACGACCGUGGUGAAGAUGAAGACAUCCACGAUCAGAACAGUAAGAAGCCAGUGAUGGUGUACAUUCACGGCGGCUCCUACAUGGAAGGAACAGGAAACAUGAUUGACGGGAGCAUCCUGGCCAGCUACGGCAACGUCAUCGUCAUCACCAUCAACUACCGCCUGGGGAUUCUCGGGUUUUUAAGUACCGGCGACCAGGCGGCCAAAGGCAACUACGGACUCCUGGAUCAGAUCCAGGCCUUACGAUGGAUUGAGGAGAAUGUCGGGGCCUUUGGUGGGGACCCCAAGAGAGUGACCAUCUUUGGCUCCGGUGCAGGUGCCUCUUGUGUCAGCCUGUUGACCUUGUCUCACUACUCAGAAGGUCUGUUCCAGAAAGCCAUCAUCCAGAGCGGGACUGCGCUGUCCAGCUGGGCCGUGAACUACCAGCCUGCCAAGUACACUCGGAUAUUGGCCGACAGGGUCGGCUGCAACAUGCUGGAUACCACGGACAUGGUGGAUUGCCUUCGGAACAAGAACUACAAAGAGCUCAUUCAGCAAACCAUCACCCCGGCCACGUACCACAUUUCCUUCGGGCCCGUCAUCGACGGGGACGUGAUCCCGGACGACCCCCAGAUCCUCAUGGAGCAGGGCGAGUUCCUGAACUAUGAUAUCAUGCUGGGCGUCAACCAGGGGGAGGGGCUCAAGUUCGUGGACGGCAUCGUGGACAACGAGGACGGCGUGACGCCCAACGAUUUCGACUUCUCCGUGUCCAACUUUGUGGACAACCUCUACGGCUACCCGGAAGGCAAGGACACCCUGCGGGAAACCAUCAAGUUUAUGUACACGGACUGGGCCGACAAGGAAAACCCCGAGACGCGGCGAAAAACCUUGGUGGCCCUCUUCACGGACCACCAGUGGGUGGCGCCCGCCGUGGCCACCGCGGACCUGCACGCCCAGUAUGGCUCGCCCACCUACUUCUACGCCUUCUACCACCACUGCCAAAGCGAGAUGAAGCCCAGCUGGGCGGACUCGGCCCACGGCGACGAGGUCCCCUACGUCUUCGGGAUCCCCAUGAUCGGUCCUACCGAGCUCUUCAGCUGCAACUUCUCCAAGAAUGAUGUCAUGCUCAGCGCGGUGGUGAUGACCUACUGGACAAACUUCGCCAAAACCGGUGACCCCAACCAGCCUGUUCCUCAGGACACCAAGUUCAUUCACACCAAACCCAACCGCUUUGAGGAGGUGGCCUGGUCCAAGUAUAACCCCAAAGACCAGCUCUACCUACACAUCGGCUUGAAGCCCAGAGUGCGGGACCACUACCGGGCCACCAAAGUGGCCUUCUGGCUGGAACUGGUGCCCCACCUGCACAACCUGAACGAGAUCUUCCAGUAUGUCUCCACCACCACCAAGGUCCCCCCUCCCGACAUGACCUCCUUCCCUUACGGAACUCGGCGGUCCCCUGCCAAGAUCUGGCCCACGACCAAGCGCCCGGCCAUCACCCCCGCCAACAACCCCAAACACUCCAAGGACCCUCACAAGACGGGGCCCGAGGACACCACCGUCCUCAUCGAAACCAAACGGGAUUACUCCACGGAGCUGAGCGUCACCAUCGCCGUGGGGGCCUCCCUGCUCUUCCUCAACAUCUUGGCCUUCGCCGCGCUGUACUACAAGAAGGACAAGCGGCGCCACGAGACGCACCGGCGCCCCAGCCCCCAGAGGAAUACCACCAACGACAUCGCCCACAUCCAGAACGAGGAGAUCAUGUCCCUGCAGAUGAAACAGCUGGAGCACGACCACGAGUGCGAGUCCCUGCAGGCUCACGACACGCUGAGGCUGACCUGUCCCCCGGACUAUACCCUCACGCUGCGCCGGUCCCCGGAUGAUAUCCCGCUUAUGACGCCAAACACAAUCACCAUGAUUCCAAACACCCUCACGGGGAUGCAGCCUCUGCACACCUUCAACACGUUCAGUGGGGGCCAGAACAGUAGCAAUCUACCCCACGGACACUCGACCACGCGAGUAUAGUUCUGCCGUCUUUCUGUCCCCUCCCUUGGCGCCUCCCCUCCGCCACAUGCAAGAGAGAAAGGAAGAGAAAAGCGACAUCUCCCCACAAGGAAUGCGUUUCUUCCCACCGGCCUCGGACGGACACGCCGAAGGCCGGGGCGGCCCCCGUGUCCCGGCAGACUUUUCCCACGACCAUGUCCCAGUGCGGCAAGAUCAACUUCCGACCCUGCGAAAUGUGAAAUGUAUCCAUGUGCUGUUACAAUACUGCUUGCAGAGCUCCAUCCCCACCGCAAACGAGAGCGAGGCUGGAAUGUGACCGUUUCAAGGACCUGGAUGUCUCCAUGUGGGACCGUGGAAGCGGACACUUCUGGAACUCAGCCAGGGACCCAAUUUCUUUCUUUCUCUCUCUCUCUCUCUCUCUCUCUC